UCAUGCCAACUGCCAAACAAGAGAUCAUUAUAAAGGGAGCGCCGGUACCGUCCGGUGCCUUCUCGCAGGCUAUCAGAGCCGGUGAUUUCGUAUUCGUUUCGGGCCAGACAUCGGUGGACAUGACUACUGGCCGUCCGAUUGAUACCGAUAUUUAUGGUCAAACGGAAAGGGCGUUCAAAAAUAUCGUUUCAGUGGCGGAAAGCGCCGGCGGAUCAGCCAAUAGUAUCGUAAAAAUGGGUAUUUUCACAACAAAUCUAACCAAACAAACGCCUCACAUAAAUACGGCAAUUGAUAAGUGGAUCGGUCAGCCCUACCCCACCCGUACCACUGUAUCCGUUUACAGUGUUACCGCUGUUGGCAAUAUUGUUGCCGAUGCGAUAUUAUAUUUGCCUCAAAAA